AUGAACACGGCCAUCGUUGAAAACACAAGUACCUGGGCCAAUGAUCCUAAAGACCUACUUGACCUAUCCCUCCUGGAUAUACUGGAUAUUCUGAUACAACACCCGCCACCGUUCGCCAUUAAUGCACUUGUUCAAUCUCCUAGUCAAAUCGCAAAGAUGAGUUUACGAUAUGUCGACUUUGAGGGUCCUGAUGAUCCUUCAAUACCCUUUAACUGGUCAAUCCGGAAACGGGUAUAUAUCUCGAUCUUGUUGGGACUCCUUACAAUGGUUGUCGCAAUGGCAAGUAGUAUCUUCACUUCAGCUAUACCCACCGUGAUUAUGAUGUACAAUAUCGACAGGGAGGUAGCAACUCUAGGUGUUUCCCUCUACGUCCUUGGGUUCGCCACGGGUCCCUUAUGUUGGGCUCCUUUCUCGGAGCUGAAAGGGAGAAAGCUUCCGUUGGUUACAUCGACUUUUGGAUUUACUAUUUUCUGUUUUGCGACUGCCGUUUCAAAAGAUCUUCAGUCCCUUAUAAUACUGAGAUACUUCACGGGCUUUUUUGGGGCGGGUCCCUUGACUCUUUCUGGGGCAGUCUAUGCUGAUAUUUUCCCACCAUAUCAACGGGGUAUCGCGAUGGUUGGGUUCUGUCUGAUGGUGUUCAUCGGCCCUCUUACAGCCCCAUUCAUCGGUGGGUUUACUGUAAUGAACCAGAGUCUCGGUUGGCGCUGGACGGCAUAUAUACCUGGGAUUUUAGGCGGCGUCAUUUUCGUUCUUCUCCUUACUACGAUGAGGGAAACCUACGCACCGGUACUCCUAGGUUGGAAGGCGGAUCGUUUACGUCGCGAGCAGGGCGAUUGGUCAAUUCAUGCAAAGCACGAGGAAAUAUGUCUUGACUUGCGAACCAUAAUUGCCGACUAUGUCAGUCUUCCAUUGAAAAUGUUAGCUCUCGAUCCGAUCGUGCUAUGUAUGAGCGUUUUCGCCUCGUUCGUAUAUGGGCUUUUAUAUCUUUUCUUAACUGCCUAUCCUAUUAUCUUUCAACAAAUCCAUGGCAUGAACCCCGGAGUAGGUGGACUACCCUACAUUGGAAUCGUCGUUGGACAGCUAUUUGGCGCUUUGGGUGUAUUCGCAAUGCAGCCAUGGGUCCUUCGGCAAAUGGAGCGGAAUGGCGGUAUAAUAAUGCCAGAGUGGCGUCUCCCUAUCGCGAUUCCAGGAGCAGUGGCUCCCACAAUAUCCGGCAUCCUGACUGGAUUUGGCCUGCUGACGAUGUUCCUACCCUCGAUCGCUUAUGUAGUAGAGGCACGACCGAAAAAGGCCGCUUCAGCUGUCGCUGCACACACGUUUCUGCGGUCAUUGGCUGGUGCGAUCUUUCCACUUUUUGCUUCUUAUAUGUUUGACGCUCUGGGGGUAGAAUGGGCUUGCACACUGCUCGGAUGUGUCGCAGCGCUCCUUAUCCCGAUACCGUUGCUACUCUACAUCUACGGUGCCCAAAUCCGGAAUCGCUCCAGUUUGUCGGAUCAGUCUUAG